AAUAAGCUGGAAACUGCUAUGUGGCUGUCACGGCUGUUCACUGUAUACUGUUCCAUCAUGUUCAUUCUGCCCCUGCUUGGUCUUAUUUCAUUCCACUAGAUGGCAGCAAGUACUAGGAAAUUUUUUUCCUCUUUCACCUUCCAUCACAGUAUACAGAUCUGAAAUGUUGGGGGUGCACCAACCUGAGUACUGAUGGACCACAUAUUUUGUUCUGAACUUCUGAGACAUAACAUUGGAUUAUUCACCCAAGCAAGCUCACAGAUAAGUAAACAAUGGUUCAUUUUAAAGAAAACAACUUUAGGUCAGAGUUUAUGUAGAUUUCAUGGCUAUUUGGGGCUUACAGAAGCAAUGAUAAGGGCAGACAUGAGACGUUUGUAUUUCUUUUCUUACAGAGAUCAUAUUUCACUUCGUGAUUCUUUUGAUAAACAUUCAAAUUGUGGUGUUAUGACAGCAAAAUAAACUACAUAGUCACAUGCCUGAGAAUGUGAGCUUUAAUUUUAUAUUUAACUUGUCUAUUUAUGUACUAUAUGAAAUGCUUUCAUAUUUAUAUUUCUACAUUAUUGCCUAAAGGUGCUCAUUUGCAACACAGAGACUUUCAGGUCUUAUCUUGUUAUUUUAUGUAACAUAAAUGCAAAAGUGAUAGAGUUCUGAUUCAAUUCAGAUUCUAAGCUUUUAAAUGGUACCACAUAUACCUUACUUUUGGAUCCGGGGACUUUUAUUUUGUAAUCCUAAACUUAUUGGGUCCACAGAGUUGAAGGUUAAUAAGUGAAAAUUUAUCAACAAACUCAAAUGGAUUAAAAAAAAAAGUUCAUGAUAGGUCUUAUGAUUGCUCUUUCUCUGAUCAGGCCCCAAGCAGCUGCUAAUUUCUAUCAGAGGGCGUUGCUGGCAAAUGCAUUGACCAGUGCGCUGCGUCUGCACCAGAGGCUGCCUCACUUUCAGCUGAGCAGAGCCUUCCUGGCCCAGGCCUUACAGGAGGACAGCUGCCACUAUCUCUUAUACUCCCUCAUCCUCGUCAACUCCUACCCUAUCACAAUGAGCAUAUUUCCUGUUUUCCUCUUCUCACUUCUCCAUGCCACCACGUACACUAAAAAAGUUCUUGAUACUUUGGGCCCCAACAGCCUUAUGUUUGUGAGGAACUUUCUGAACAAGCUCACAGCCAAUCAACAAAACAUCCUCAAGUUUAUCGCCUGCAAUGAGAUCUUCUUGAUGCCAGCCACAGUCUUCAUGCUCUUCAGUGGCCAGGGCAGCUUACUUCAGCCAUUCAUUUACUAUCGGUUUCUCACUCUACGCUAUGCCUCCAGGCGCAACCCAUACUGCCGGACUCUGUUCACUGAACUGAGGAUCUUGCUAGAGCAUUUUGUGAUGAAGCCAAGCUGCCCUGCCUUCUUCAGGAGGAUGUGCCUCAACAGCAUUGCCUUCAUCAGCCGCCUUGCCCCCACUGGGGUCUAACUGCUCUCUCUCUCUGAACAUACAAACGCUCACAUACACACAACACACAUACACACCUGUUCUAUAACAGUUCACAAAUUGGGACAGUUUCAAGAUGGACUUAAAAGCAAGAUGGCCAAGUUUGUUUGCUCAGAGAUGGAUGUCCUCCUCUGCACUGAAGGAAUUUGCUAUAUUUGCAGAGACUAUCUGACAGACUGCAUCCAAAACACAAAACAGCCAGAAGACGCAUCUCUGUGUGCAGUUAUCUGUAAAGGUGGUGCAACUGUUUUAUCAGUUCAGUAGAGCAUUUAUAUUGAUACUCAUUUUCCGGGGUAGAGAAGACCCCUUGAGAUAUUUAAUCUUAACUGCUAGGGUAAAUAGAGCUCUAAAUAGCUAGUCUUUCUAAUGAGAUCAUGCCACACUGGGAAAGAGAUUUCAGCUAUUGUUAUACUUGUCUGUCCUUCAGUUUGAUUCCAUUUUAUAUAUAUAUUCUUGCCUGAACACUGUUUUUAUUUUGUCUUGUACUGGAGUACCUUGAAUCUUAAUGUGACCAGUUCCUUUUUUUUUUUUUUCUUUUCUUUUUUUUUGGUGAUCAGGCUGAUCAGAUGACUGAAGUAUUGUCAGAAAUCCAAUCUAUCAAUCUAUAGACAUUUAUUGCCCUAUAGUCAACUGUUAUAUGCCUUCAAUGCUAUUUAUUUUCAUGGCAAGUUGUAAAGAUUAACUCCAUUUCAGAAUUUGUCAGUUAUUUGCUUGUUUAAGGCAUGUUGUCACUAUUUAUUGCCUCUGUGAAUCUGGUCAAUGCAGAUUAAUAAAAUCUAUGAUCAAAGAUUAAAUUGUAGCUAACAUU